AGCCCUAGCUUGCCCUAAAUUUUGAGCAUGGCGGACGCGCGGAAUGCUCCACAGAUCCUCCAGCACGUCUCCAAGACGCUCACCUGCACGAUCUACGACACGCUCUGGGUCCCCAGCAGUGCGCGGUUCGUUCUCUUGGGAUCGAGUGCGCGCUCCACAGGGACUAUCCAGGUCUAUGAGCUUCAAGGGAACGAUGUCAACAAGCUCGACGAGGUGGACAAGCAGUUUAGUUUCAAGUGUGGGACGUUUGGUGCCUCGGACCUUGUAAAUCGUCAGCUAGCAACAGGGGAUUUUAAGGGAAACUUGCAGAUCUGGGACCUCGAACGACUUGGUUAUCCCGUCUACCAUUGCAAAGCUCAUGAAACAAUCAUCAAUGCGAUUGAUGGCGUUGGGGGCUCGGGGCUUGGUUUUGGAGCUCCAGAAAUUGUUACGGGAUCACGGGAUGGACGUGUUUGUGUAUGGGAUCCUCGGCAGAAGGACGAGCCAGUAUCUUCGUUUGAGCCGGAGCGAGCAGACGCUGCACGAGACUGCUGGACAGUAGCAUUUGGAAAUUCAUACAAUGACGAAGAACGUUGUGUUGCAGCCGGCUACGAUAAUGGUGACAUAAAGCUUUUUGAUCUAAGGACUGGAAGCGUUCGCUGGCAGACCACAGUUCGGAAUGGAGUUUGUGGUGUCGAGUUUGAUCGCAAGGACGUCAAAAUGAACAAGCUUGUGGCAACAACACUGGAAGCGACCUUUCAUGUUUAUGACAUGAGGACUCAUCACCCAGAAAAUGGCUACUCGUCCCUGACCGAGAAGGUAUCUCACGGGACAACGAUCUGGGGAGUGAAGCACCUCCCACAAAACAGAGAUAUCUUCGCCGUUUUAGGUGGUGAUGGCUCUGUCAGCAUCUACAAGUAUUCGUAUCCGGAUCAACGAUCGAUGAAGGACGUCGAUGGGAAAUCUUACGGAGUUCUGGGUCAAGUUCACCUUUUGUCGUCCAAAGUUCUCUCGACACAACCAAUAGGUGCAUUCGGCUGGAGCCCUGACAAGGAGGGUCUAGCCGUUUUGGGCUCUUUCGAUCAGUGUUUGCGAGUUGGAAUUGUGACCAAAUUGAGCAAGAGUUAACUAGAAAAUACUUCACGGGUAUGCCACUUUGCAUUCGAAGGUAAUGGAAGUUGGCAACGACAUUCAAGAGUAUGUUUCCAGACUGAA